AAUGAUGCUGUCAUUAGGGGUAUGGUGAAUGCAGUUGAGCAAGAGGCAGCUGACAAGAUUGCUCAGAAAGAAUUGGAGCUUACAAAAUUGAGGGAAACAAUGCAGCUUUACCGUGUUGGUUCUGAUGAAAACAAACCCUUGGUGUCUUAUGAACCAAAAUAUGAAUCUUUGUGGAAGCAGAUUUCAAGUUUGCGUCAGGAAUUGGAAGCCAUCUCGAAAUAUCUGUCCAAUCAUGAAGCUGGGCAGUUGAGUCCUCAAGGGUCCUUGGAUAUUGAUGAGGAGUUGGGCAGUAGUAAGAGAAAAGAUCAUUUGCAGCGCAAAGUUUCAGGGAAUCUUGUUUCAACAUCAACUUCUCUUAGGCAGGGAAAUGGCAAGCAUGAAGAGUCUGUAAUAACCAUUCCUGAAAAUGUGAAUGCUGCACAACUAAAGCACUUGUCAAUGGAAGAGUUGGUGAGUUAUUUUAAGAAUGAGAUGGCAAAAAUGAAGAGAAACCAUAACUACAAAGUACAAGAGAUGACUGAAGACUAUUAUAGCCUCAAGAGGGAAUUCUUGAAUUUGAAGGAAAGGGGUCCUUCUUUACCAUUGAGGAAGGAUAAGGAUUUUGAUAUCUUGAGAAAAAAGAUCCCUGAAAUCAUUUUGAAGUUGGACAACAUUCUUGUCCCAAAUGAAAAAUUACCUGCAUUCGGUAAUAACGCUGAUGGUCUUGACUGCUCGAGGGACAGAUUAGAAUCUCUUCUUUUAGAAAACGGCCGAUUGAGAGACUUAUUUAGAGAUGCUGCAUGCAAUGCUGUACCUUGCAGGAAAUGUGAACUUGAAGAUUUGGAUUUGGCAUCUAUUGUUGAGGAGAAGACGUAUGCAAUCAUGCUCAAAGAAGCUAGGGAGACACUCGGUGACCUAAACAUGAAAGAAAGAGCGCUGAAAUUAGAAAAUGAAAAAUUAAAGCAAGAUAUCCUCAUUCUGGAAACAUCUCUUGAUGGAAAAGAGAAGUUGCUGCAGGAAAGAGCUGGUGAUUUGCUUGAGGCAUUGGAGCAAAUCGAACAUGAUAAGGUGCAGCUUUACGAAUUAAAUCAAAAGUUUGAGCAAACCAUGAAGGAAUUAAGAGAAAGCAACGAUGAAAAAGGAAGGCUUCUUGCUAUUACGCAGGAUCAGCAGAAUGCUUUGUCAUUGGUUGAAACAAGGGAAAGGGAAAACAGAAAGCAAAUGGAAUCUGUAACCACUCUUGUUCAUGGUCUGUCUCUGGCAAUUUCUGUUAUUGAAUAUAGAAUAGCAGGGGUUCUUAAAACGGAGUAAUUUCUGGUAGCCACUGUAUUACUGUUACUCUAUUGUUGACUAUAUAGAUAGUAAAAUUAUAAAAUAUUAUUAAGUGGUUUUUAGUAGUGAUUAAAAUGUAAAAUAUUAU